AUGUACACUUCAAUACCGCUGUCUGCAGCCCAAAGAAUAGAGAUUGACGUUUUUUGUGAUGCUUCCACAAAAGCCGUAGGUGCGGUAGCCUACCUCAAACUCACAAAUGAGGACGGACACAGCGAAGUGGGAUUCCUCCUCGGCAAAGCACGUUUAGCUCCUAAACCAGACAUCACCAUACCCCGACUUGAACUCUGUGCAGCAGUCCUGGCCGUGGAAGUAGCAGAGUUGGUUCUAGAGGAGCUGGAUGUCACAGUCGAUCAGGUGAAUCUUUACACAGACUCAAAGGUAGUGCUUGGGUACAUCUCAAACACCAAGAGACGCUUUCACGUUUAUGUGCACAACAGAGUCGAACGCAUCAGGCGCUUUGCACAAACUCACCAGUGGCAUUACGUGCCCACACACUUAAAUCCGGCAGACCAUGCCACACGAGCGUUGCCCGCUGAGCAGCUCUCCAGCUCCACCUGGCUCAGAGGCCCAGCUUUCCUCUCCAGGUUGGACCAAAGUCAAGUUCGAAGUCAAACCUUCGAUCUCAUAGACCCAGAGACUGACUGUGAGUUGCGUCCUGAGGUAACAACUUGCACUACCACCCUAUCAAAAGGCCAGUUUAAUAGUGCCAGAUUUGAAAGGUUUUCAAGUUGGAAGGUGCUGCAAAAGGCUAUUGCCAAACUCCAACAUAUAGCUCAAUCAUUCAAGAACAACUCUGAGGUUUCCUGUCGUGGCUGGCACAACUGCAACAAACAUUUAACUGAAAAGUCACUGCAACUAGCCAAGACCACGAUCAUUCGCACCGUUCAAAGAGAGGUCUUCGCAGAAGAUAUUGGAUGCAUUGAAAAAGGCACAGCUUUAAAAAACUCAAGUCCACUCAGCAAACUGAAUCCAUUUGUUGACACGCAAGGGCUCCUUAAAGUUGGAGGCCGACUAAAGAAAGCACAGUUGUCUGCAGAAGAAACCAAUCCCAUACUAAUCCCUGGAAAGCACCAUCUUGCUCAGCUCAUAAUAAGACACUUUCACGAAAAAUUAUGUCACCAGGGAAGGCAUUUCACGGAGGGAGCAGUCAGAGCAGGGGGCUUUUGGAUUGUGGGAGGAAAAAGAGCAGUAAGCAGUGUGAUUUUCAAGUGCAUCACAUGCCGCAAAUUAAGGGGCAGGCAACCUGAACAGAUCAUGGCUGAGCUACCUGAAGACAGGCUGUCCACGGACCCUCCUUUCACAAAUGUAGGCCUUGAUGUGUUCGGUCCCUGGUCCGUUACAGUGAGAAAAACGCGUGGUGCUAAUGCAGAUGCUAAAAGAUGGGCAGUCAUAUUCACCUGCAUGAGUACACGUGCAAUUCAUAUUGAAGUGAUUGAGUCAAUGGACACAUCGUCAUUCAUUAAUGCACUGCGUCGUUUCUUUGCCAUCCGAGGUGGUGCCAAACUCUUGAGAUCUGAUUGUGGGACAAAUUUUGUGAGUGCCUGCAAAGAGCUCCAAAUAGACAAACUAGGCUGUCACAAUGACAAAAUAGGCACAUUCUUGAAAGACAGUGCGUGCAAAUGGCAGUUUAAUCCUCCACAUGCAUCCCAUAUGGCUGGUUCCUGGGAACGCAUGAUCGGCGUCACCCGAAAAAUCCUCAAUGCAAUGCUCCUUGAACAUCCAUAUGGGAAGCUCACACAUGAAGUACUCGUGACAUUGUUAGCUGAAGUCACCGCAAUUGUAAAUGCACGCCCGCUAACGGCUGUUUCUACAGAUCCCGAAAACCCAGUCAUUCUUACUCCUGCGAUGCUACUCACGCAAAAGGUUGGCACACCACCGAUUCCACCAGGGCAGUUUCAGACCAGUGACCUAUUCAAAGCCCAAUGGAAGCGCGUGCAGUACUUAGCUAAUGUUUUCUGGAGUCGUUGGCAGAAAGAAUACAUCGCAGGCUUGCAGGUUCGUCGCAAGUGGAAAAUAAAAAAGCCGAACCUUCAAAUGGGCGACGUUGUUUUAAUGAGGGAGUCUCUGGAACAUAGGAAUAAUUGGCCACUCGGACUGAUCACAAAAUCUUUCCCAAGUGAGGACGGUAAUGUCAGAAAAGUUGAGGUUAAGAUUUGCCGAAACGGCGAGAAUAGGUUUUACAUUCGCCCAAUUCGUGAAGUUGUGCUUUUGCUGUCUAAGGGUAGCAUGUAAAACGAGUUGUUGUUGUGUAUCGUUCAUUAGUUAAGAGCUGACAUCUUGCAGAUGUCAGGCGGGGAGUGUUAUGUCCUCUGGUCUUAUGUUGACUACUUUUUGGGUUUAAUUUCUUUCUAAGAUUGUACAUUGUUCAUCCGUCCACAGGAUGUCGCUAUUCUAACUCAGAAUCUUAAGUUUUUCUUUGGUAUUGCUGUUUGCGCUCGGCUUCCCCUAGUGGCGACUUGCUGUAAGCAGCAGGCAGAAAGAACUUUUUAUUUCAGUUGGAAAAGAGGCCUUGAGGUGUUAAGACGUUACACACCUCCUCUGCACCAUACAUCGUUGGGAACCCUUGACAAAACAAAAUCUUUUUACCACACACACGCACACACGUUGACACAAAGAAAUAAAUGAGAGGAAGGAGUUCGGGCCUCCAAGUUUCUUUGUCG